GUAACUUGGCUGAGCAUCCACUGAGCAGGGUGUAGUGUUAUCUCCAGGUCUCGUGACUUUAAAAUUCAGGUUCCUGACCACGGAAUUUGAAGUGGGCGUGCCAGUCUUCUGUUCCAUGUGUUGGAACGGAUGCUGAGAUUGAGAUUUGAUUUAAGGCACGCAGGUAGGGAGGGGUGGUAGGGAGAAAGGGGAACCGGAGGAUGAGAUUCGAACCCGCUCUCCUGAAGGCUGAGUCCCGGACCAGACGUUCCCGGGAGGAGGGGGUGGGGAGGCCAGCCCCGAAGCCCCUCAGCGGGGAGUCCUCGAGCCCACCCCCACCCCGCCCCCGCCGCGGCUCGGGGCUCCCCCGAGAUCUGGGUCACAAAAGCGGUUGCCAGGCGCCCGGUGGAGAAAAGAUGCGGCCCGGGAAGAGCGGCCGCCACUCUGGAGCGUGUGGCCCGCGGAGUUCAGGACUGUCAAUGGCGGGAUACCAGCUCUGGUCACCAUGGACCCCACUGGAUGAGAGUUUCCAAUGGCUGCGACACACAACACCUACACCUUCUUCCAAGCACCCCUUUAGGGCCUCCCCCGGCUUCCCACAUACCCCUUCUGACCUUGAAGUGCAGCUGUGCUUUCAAGAGGUCACUCUAGUCCUAGACAGCCCAUUCCUGGAAACUGGGGUGAGUCCCAAGUUACCCUGCCACACGUCAGAGCUCCGAACUUUGAACAACAAGAAAGGGCUGGUAAGGAAACCCCAGCCUGUCCGCCUCAAUGGAGUGGAUUCUGUCUUUGGCAGGGUUAUCACGGCUCAGCCACCAAAGUGGACUGGGACCUUCAGAGUUUCAGACAAGUCAGCCUUUUGCAAAAUCAUUAGCCAGGAGCACCAAUGGCCCACUGGACUUAAGGAGCCUCAGAUUCAGAUGACAGUGACUAUGUGCAAACAAAUGCUGCGCUCAAUCCUCUUGCUAUAUGCAACAUACAAGAAAUGCACCUUUGCCUUGCAACACUCCAGGUAAAAGUCUGAUUCCUAGUUCCUCAUACCAUGUCCUUUGGUAUAUACCCAAAGCUUACAGAAAAAUGUUCAUGUGAACGGAACUGUGACAUCACCCCAACCAUCUUGCUUUUCUGUCAAACAGCGACAAUUCAGGAGCCCCUUCCUUUCCUUCCCCUCCAAAACAGGGCCAGUGACACAGAGCAAGGAAGAACAUUUCCACUGUAAAGUUGAACAACCAUUUAAAAGAGUCAAACUAGCAUUUGACAUGUACAUGUGAUAAAGAGCCAUUAAAUAAACCAUAUAAACCAA